CCUACAUUCCCCCUCCUACAGUAAUCACACUGAAGGGUAAUAUGAAAAUGGUUCAAAUGUCCCACAGAAAUCCAGAUUCUCCUGAGGCUCUGUAGCAAGGGUUGGUGCUUCACAGCUCUACACACACCUACUUCCUGCAAUAUCAGCAAUUAACUAAUAGUGUAAAUCCCAGCUUCUGACGUGAUUGAGUCAGCAAGGGCUUGGCACAGAAGGCACACAAGGGAACUGCAGCCUGAAAAGCAAACGAGGAACUGAGCGGAGGCAAAUGGAGAUUAAAGAGCAACACUGAAAGAAAGGAGCUCAGGAAGAAAAGUGGAGAAGACACAGCCACUGUCCCAAGACUGGAAGCCACUGACACCUGGAUGCUUCACUCACAAAUCUGCUCCUGGCUCCUUCCCUGGUUAACCUCCCACAGAAUUGUUGACAAAGGAGAGGCUCCUGACUUCUACAGCCUCAUGUCAGUUGAGACCAAGGUUUGAGGUCUCCUUCACUCUGGAAUUGCCAGUCAACAGUCUCUUACUAUUUCCUCGCCAUGGACACUUGGCAGAGAGGAUCCCUCAGGUCCUCAGGCUUCUUCAAGCGUCUCUCACUCCGGAGGCAUAAGAAACUGGGCAGUCAAGUAACGAUCUUGAACCACAACAGCCGUACGCUAGACUCCAAUGAACAAUGCAACAAAAGGGAGCUCCUAAGAGACCUGAAAGGAAAGUCAAACUACCUCUCAUGUCAGAGUGAGGAAAACCUAGCCACCAAGACACAGCCGCCUCCCAAGCCACCACGGCUGUACCUGGACAGCGCCAGCUGCCCCAAUAUAAUAGACCACACGGAUUCGUCCUCCGCUGAAAAUUCCUUUCCAAGCACUUCCCGUCACUCUCACAAGUCCACUCAAACACAGUCAGAUCUUUUCUGCAAGAACCACCAUGUGGACUGGCGCCACUCUGAAACCAUCUCGUGGCAUGGUACGACUGAUCCAUCCGACCCUUUCUUUUCUUUCAAAUUAGACUUGGGUCCCUCGCUCCUUGAAGACAUUCUGCAGACACUCAAAAGCCAGAACUUAUUAUUGAAUUAAUUACCACUUUAGCUGUACUAUCUAAAACCAAGGGAUUAAAAAUCCUCCUGAAUUACUGGUUCUGCUUCACCAUCAGUACACAACCGAAGGUGGACUGUUCCCAUUGAGCCUUUUACAGUACACUAACCGGGCAAAAGCACCACCCUGUGUUGGAUACCAUUAAAACUGAUUCAAUUCCUUUCA